AUGAUGGGUUCAGAAUGUGAAGCUGGUUCAUCUUCAAAACAUCGAAAGGUUUGUUCAAAAUUUAAUUUCAAACUGAUUUGAAAAAAAAAAUUUUGAUUUCAGAAAAAUAAACCGCUGAUGGAGAAAAAACGACGAGCUCGAAUCAAUAAAUGUUUGUCGCAGUUGAAACAAAUUCUUAUACAGGAUCAGCAUAAGGUACUGUAGUUUUAGGGGGGGGCCUAGAGGUUACUGUAGUUUGGGAGGGCUCUUAGGGUUACUGUAGUGUAGAGCUCUUAGGGUUACUGUAGAUUUUCGAGGGCUCUUAGGGUUACUGUUGUUUUGGGAGGGCUCUUGGGGUUACUGUAAUUUUAGGAAGAAUCUUAGGGUUACUGUAGUUCAGAGCUCUUAAAGCUACUGUAGUUUCGGGAGGACUCUUGGGUUUACUGUAGUUUAGAGCUCUCAGGGUUAAUGUAGUUUUAGGAGGGCUCUUAGGGUUACUCUAGGGCUAUGUACUGUAGUUUUAAGAGGGCUCUUAGGGUUACUGUAGUUUUGGGAGGGCUCUUGGGAUUACUGUAGUUUAAUGAUUUUUUAAAGCUCUUAGGGUUACUGUUAUUUUAGGAACAAUCUUAGGAUUACUGUAGUUCAUAAUUAGUUGAAUUAGUACAUCUGAAUUCACAUUUUAUCGAUUUUAUUUGAAUUUUUGAAAAUUCACAUUGGACAAUUUUUAAAUCUAAAUUUCAAUUGGCAAAAUUUUGAGCUAGAAAAUUCACAUGAAAAACCUUUGAGCUCAAUUUCCACGCGGCAAAUUUUGAGCUAAAAAUUCACGUUUCACAAUUUUUAAACUGAAAUUCCACGUGGCAAACUUUUUUAGUUCAAAAAUCCAUAAAGCAAAUUUUGAGGUCAACAAUUUUUGAACUAGAAAAACUACUUGACAAAAUUUUGAGCUCAAUUUUCACCUGGCAAAUUUUGAGCUAGAGAAUCCACGUAGCAUAAUUUUUGAACUCGAAAAUUCAUGUGACAGAAUUUUGAGCUCAAAAACCCACAUGAAAAACUUUUGAGCGCAAUUUCCACGUGGCAAAUUUUGAGCUCAAAAAAUCCACGUGGCAUAAUUUUUGAACUAGAAAAUCCACGUGGCAACUUUUUGAGUUCAAAAAUCCUGGAAAUUUUCCAAAGAAAAUGAUUUCACAAAUAAAUUUGAACAGGAAAAUAGCACAAAACUACACUGUAUUUUAGAUACACGGUGUUUCAGCGAUUGAAAAAAACUUUGAAAAUUAUUUUACUAAAUUUUUUAAGUCUAGAAAGCUAUAAUGUUUUGCGUUAGCCCAAAUAAUUUUCAGUUUCAAAAUUUCAAUUAUUAAUUAUCCAAGUUUAAAAUCUACAUAAUUCUGAACUUUCUAUGAUUUUCAAAAAAACAUCGGAAGAUCUGAGAUUUUUGAAGCUGAAUUUGAAUUUUGUAAUGAAAUUUCAGCAACAAAUUCGCUGCCAUCUAGCUGGAUUUGAAUUUUAAUUUUCCAAAAAAUCCGAUUUUUUCCAGAACUCUCAAUCACACGCAAAAUGGGAAAAAGCAGAUAUCCUAGAAAUGACUGUCGAAUAUCUCAAAACUCUUCGACAACAAAAAUCCACAGAUACCAGUCCAGCAACUACAGUACCCUCACCUACAGUACCACCUACAGUACCUCUACAGUAUUCAAACUUCAUGCAACAAUAUUUGAUUUAUCAACAACAACUUGCCGCGUUUUCGAGUUACAUGAACUUCAAUUUAGCCAGUACUAAUCAUGGUAAUUUUUCUAAGUAG